GUGGCUCUGUGAUAGCGUGCCGGAGACGCGGUGCGACUGUACACUGGCUUCAUCUUCAGCGGCUCAGAAACACACGGAAAAUUAGCAGCACCAAGCUAUGGCCCACAACUGAUGCUGAGAGUGCUUGAGAUGGCAGAAGGGAUUCAUGUUGGCGAAAUGCCCUCAUGUGAACUAGUCUCAAGUGCUGAAGCAAAAAAGAGGCCCAAUUCAUCUGAUGGAAGUGAGGAACCAAUGAGGAAGAUGCCUGUGUCCAAAUUUGGCCCGAGACCACGUUUCGAGCCAGUACACUUUGUCAGUGGCAGCAGCAGCAACACCAGUGGAUUAGGGCUUGCUGAUGAAAAAGAAAACGAGAAACAGCGUAGAAGCGGGGAGGUGAAUAGCACAAGGCAGAGGGAGCCAGACCAUCCACACAGCAGUAGCCAUGGUUAUGGUCCUCCUUCAUCAUCAUAUGCUUAUGACUCUUGGUCUGAUCGUAGAGGAAAGGACAUGUCCUUCGGCAACAAGAGCGGUUUUGGUUAUGGGGGCAGGGGGCCCUCCUCAAACUUUAUGGGAAAAAUGCAGCAGGAAUACACCGCAAGAUAUGAGGCACAUAGUGCAAGACAGGCAAACUCACCCCCUCAGUCAAGCCGGUUUGAUAACUAUGCAGGGGGAAGGCCUGGACGCUGGGAUUCGGGAAGGCAUGGCUUGGGCUUUGGGCAUAAGGACAGACCAUCAUCUAGCAAAGGUUUGAGUCGAGCCUAUGAUAGCCCAAGCAGAGCCAGUCCUGGCCUGCUCCCUACACCAUCUAUGCCAACUCCAGUUCCUCCAGCUGCCCUGGAUGAGAAGCAGAGAUUAAUUACCAGAGUUGUAUCUGCUGUAGCAGUAACACUUCGUGACCCUGCAUUCGUGGGUGGACCUGAUGGUCCAAACUACAAUUUCAUUCUCAGCCGCAGCAUUCAAGCCUGUAAAACUAACCCAGAGUACAUUUAUGUUAAUUUAAAAGAUAUUCCUCUGUCUGACCUUCCCAAGAAUAAAAAAGUGCCAGGUGAGGGCUAUGCAUGCGAGCUGAGAUGUUCAGGUGUGUACCUUGCGACAGGAUACUCUGGCAGCAAGAACGGUGCCAGGGACCGUGCAUCAGAGCAGGCGGUAAAACUUUUCAUGAAACCAGUGGAGGUCCGUGUUGUGCAACGCCUAUAUAAGCGCAAUUAUGUCAAUGACUUGGUAGUCUGCCAGCUCAACACACCCGUCCCAGCCUUAGUUCCUCCUCUACGUAACCCAGAGGACAGCCCACCACCUAGUACCAAGGGUCAGUAUGUGCCUGAUAAAAGCAAACACUGGACAGAGUUUGUCAUAAUGGAAAAUGCCCAUGAUGCCAUUUGCAUCCUCAACAAUUCUGCUGCUUACAACCGCAUGAAAAUUGACUAUGCCUUUGAUCCAAUACCUAAUAGCAGUGCAUGGGUGUGUAGCGUAUACUUGCAAGGUGAACUUUUGGCUCAAGCUAGAGGGACAAAGAAGAACUCGAAACACACUGCAGCUGAGGAGGCUGUAAAAAAGCUACGAAUGAACCAGGCAGUUCGCCAACAGCAGGAACAACAGGAACAAUACCAACAGCAGCAGGUCUCUCAAGGACACUACAAUGCUGAUCAACCAGUUGGCGGGGUUGGCCAGUAUGGUGGACGAAAGAAACAUCUCAGUGAACUGGUCAUUCUAGAAAACUCUGACAAUGCCAUUUGCAUCAUUAAUGAUACAGCACAGUUCAAUAAGGUGGCUGCCGACUACAAAUUUACUGUGCUUCCAGACCAUCGCUGGAGGUGUGAGGUUUAUAUUGAGGGUCAGUUUGUGGCUGAAGGCCUUGGUCCCAAAAAGACUGUUAAACACAUUGCAGCCAAGGAGGCCAUUGCCACACUGAAACGUACACAAGCAGUGGUAAAGUCAAACCUUAGGAAAGAAGGCAAUGUAGAUGCCAUUUCCAGAAAUCAAAUUCUGGCUCGUGCUGGGGAGGAGGCCACAGGGCAGGAAAUAAACGAGGACAAUAUUGGUAACCAGUUGCUCCGCAAGAUGGGCUGGACAGGUGGUGGGUUGGGUCGAGAGGGAGAAGGCAUAGCUGAACCAAUCAUGGUUAAAGAACAGUUCAGUAGGGAAGGACUUGGUAUGGACAUGGAUAAACACGGUCAUCUGACGAAGCGCGAUAUUGAAGAAAUCAUACGCAAUUAUGCUUGUUCAGAGCGCCAGGAUGACCUGCGCUUCUCCACUGAGCUCAAUAAUGAGGAACGGAAGCAGAUUCACCAGGUCUCCCAAAAAUAUGGUCUGCGGAGCAAAUCUUAUGGCCAGGGACGACACCGCUUCCUUGUGGUAAGCAGGAGAGUGCAGAAGGAUCAACUGAUUGGUCAGCUGCUGCAGGAGGGUCAGGUUGGACGAUAUGAGCUGGUAAAACCUCAGGCAUCUGAAUGACUAGACCUCAAUGAACCCUACAUGUAACCAUUAUUGAGGAGAAAAGAUGAACUUAUGUUUAUUGGUUUCAAAAACAGUUUAAAAUGUAUUUUUCAAACAAAAAAAAAAGUGUCCACUAACAUCAGUUGCUUCUGCCUUCCUGGUAAUAAACAUCUUUAUUUAUGGCAGAGUCCCCUCCCCCCAAAUGUUCUGCCAUAGUUUGAAGAUUACAGUUAAUUUGAGCAGGGCACUAUAUUGUACACAAGCUACUUACUAAGAUUAGUCAUAUCUUGUAUCCUGUCAUUUUUAUGGACAUAAAUGUUGGUAGUGAGUUUUAUGACAGCAUGUGCUAUCAAACAUUCCAUUUUCAUGAAAGUCAUGAUCGACAGCACAUCCUGUUCAUGUACCCGACCCUCAAACAUUUUAACAAACUAAGAACUCCUGAAUUACUGUUUCAGAUUUGUACAUUACAGUCGGGUAACUAUUGUUAGCGGUAUUGUAAACACCUAAGGUACCAUCAAAAGCCAGUUAUCCAAGCCACCUACCUUUCCUCGACCAAUGCCUGAACAGCAGUUGUGCUUUUCUCACGAGUUUUUUGUGAGAUCUGUUGUGUCUGCUUGUUGUAUAUUAAAGGAUUUAAUCUGGUCAAUA